AUGAUAAAACAAUUAAAAUGUAUAAAAUGUAUAAAAUUUAAUAAUUCGAUUCAAUUGAGAUUUUUAUCAAAUGCUGUUUCUUUCACAGCAGUUGAAAGACAACCGAAUUUACCAUUAUCUACAAAAAAUCCAUCAAAAUCGUAUAAAUUAAAAGUUCCUUUAUUGAAAAGUCCAUCACAUUUGGGUCAUGCUACAAGUAGAGUUAAUCGUUUAUAUAAUGAAGAUAAGUAUAGUGCGAAUGUUUUAAAUUUGAAGACAGAUAAAUAUGAUAAAACAAUUUUCAAUUUUAAUAUUUUUGAUGGUCAUGGUGGUGAUCAAUGUUCAAAUUAUUUGUCGGAUAAUUUAUCACAACAAAUUGAAGAUUCAAACGAUUUGAUUAAUAAUAUAGAUAAUCAAAGAGAUCAAUUGUUUAAAAACUAUGCUCAAAAUAUUGGUGGUUAUUGGAAAAGAUGGUAUAGACAUUGUGAAAAACAUUUGGAAAAUUGGUGUAAAAAUGAAAUUAAUCUUGAAAAUUUGAAUAAUAUUAAUAAUGAUGAUAUAAAGUUAAGAUUAUCAUUAAGUUUUUUAAAUUCAGAUUACAAAUUUUUCAAUAAGGAUGAAAAAUCAGGUUCAACUUGUACUUCAGCAUUAAUUGAAACUAUAUAUUCUUCACCUGAUAAACAAUUUCAACCAUUUUUUGAAACUUAUUAUUUUAAUAGACACACGAUUUCAAAAUUAACCAUUGCUCAAGUUGGUGAUACGAAAGCAAUAUUAGUGGAUAAAAAUGGAAUUGCAAAUAGUGUAACUGAAGACCAUCAUCCUUCAAAUCCAAUUGAAGCUACAAGAUUGAGGAAGUAUGCAGCAAAUUUUUUUAUGACCGAUUCGUUUGGUGAAGAAAGAUUUAUAGCAUUAGCCAAUACGAGAAGUUUUGGUGAUAUAGAUUAUAAAGAAGUUGGUGUAAUAGCAGAGCCUGAUAUUUAUCAAUUUAUAAUUGGAGAUUCCGCUGAGGUUAAAAAACAUUUAACACCUGAUGAAAUCAAAAAGUAUACAAUAAAUGGAUUAGGUGGAGAUGAAAGUUUUUUAAUACUAGUUAGUGAUGGUAUAACAAAUAUUUUAACCGAUCAAGAAAUUGCUGAUAUUAUAUCGAGUCAUUUCAACAUGCAAGGUCAUACGAAAGCUAAUCCCCAAAGUUGUGCUCAUGAAGUUAUCAAAUUUGUCGAAUAUGUUGGCGGUGAUGAUAAUGCAACAUGUUUAGUAAUUAGAUUGAAUGGUUGGGGUAAAUGGCCAAAUAUAGAUAGAACAGGUGAAUUAAGACAAGCAAGACUAGAUGAUUUUAAUCCAAGAAAUAGAGGGGGUGGUUAG